AUGAAAAGACCAAGACGGUGUCGCUACGAGUCCGAAGAUGCUGAAGAAAACUCAAAAAUACUGUUGAAGGAGAAGUACGAAAUGCUUAGAUGGACGGACACGGUCGAGAUCAACACGCCCAAUCUUCUGAUUCCGGCUCAGAUUGCCAACUAUGUGGAGUCGCUUCCAUUUUGCAAACUCGCAGUCUCCCCGUCAGUUAAUCGUUUCGCGCUAAUGCAUCACAGUCGUAUUAUGGAUGUGUAUGCUAUCGAUGGUCAGAACAUCAUACAGGAAUGCAGUGUACAAGUACUAGAAGAUGAGUUCGCGCAGUACUGUUUACUGGAAUUCACGGCAUCCGGUUCGUUGCUUCUGUCCACUCGGAGCACUGCUCAGAUUGAUGUGUUCGAUCACCAAGGUGGAUACUGCUAUGAUAUUUCACUGGUUAGUGGUCCACCCAUUUCUUUAAAACUGAAUAUCCAGAAAAUAAUCUCGAUCUACGUAAACCUUUUAUGUCCAAUUUUCACGCGUCUGAGUAGGUUUCAAAGGAUGUGGUCCGUGUCGCUUGAUAUAGGAUUAGCGGGUACAUUUUGUGUUUUGCCACGUUACAAUCUCCUGCUAGUAUCGUCUCAUUAUCGCGUAUCAAACGAUGAGGGUAUGCCGGGCGGGCUGUGCUCUUUCCGAUUAAUGAACUACGAGCCUUUCGUUGAACCCAUACGUUUAACUAUCGAUCAAGGUGGAUGGCUUUCUCGACUUCCAUUCAGUUCUGCUAAUUAUGCUUACCUGGUUUCGAUGACAUUGAACGAGUCGUUGUCAAAAUUGGCAGCAGUUUCUGGCAACGGCGAUUUUUUCCUCUUUGAUAUACCGUCAACGCGAAUUCUAUUCUCCAUCAAGUACAUUUCUGGACCUCGACCUAUUCAAGUCGUUUUCACUGAAGACGAGGAAGUUGCUGUGCUAUUUCAUUCGGGAGAGCUUGUGAGGAGUUCACUUGAUCAACUUAGGGAUUCUAUUCAUUCGCUCCGUAACUGUGAGAAGAGUAUUUUUUGCCCGAAAUUAUUCGUGGAGGAGACCACAUUUUUUCUUAUCCCUUUACAAUGGAAAAAUAUGUUUUUAAAGGAAGGCACGAAUGCAUUGCGGGAGGCUGCUUUGCAAAGGACAUCCUUGGCGUGUCGACUAUGGCUGUACACUCUUUGGCGAUCCUUGAAAAAAGUAACUUUUUCAACUUCGUGUUGUUACAUUCGCCCACACGAACUCUUCAGGAAACAGUUGGUGUAUCUUCCCCGUUUACUUGAUCAGCUUUUAAACGAAGGAGAUUACUCUCGCGCAAAGAGUCUCGCUGAAAGUUACGAUACGAUUGACAUAGACAUUGUACUGAAGAGAGAAUGGAGGGACAUUUGUCAUAGUCAAGCGAUAACCGUCGAGAGUGUGGAUAGCAUCCUACGUCAAAUCAAUGACAAAGAUUGGAUCGUUGAAGCAUGCAUAUCUAGCGAUGCACCAAAUCUUCCUGUACAAAAAGCACUCGUUGAUCUAGGUACUUCAUUCCCAAAUGCUGCUCUGGCGUCACAAGUUCGGCUCCAUCACAAUGCACGUAUAUUGGCGGUGUGUGAAUGCGUGAACGAAUACAUCGAAGUUCGCAACCUCUCGUGCCUCAGUGCAGCCUAUCGUUUUGCUGAAGUACAUUUUCUUUUAGCUUUAGGUUUUUAUGCGUUGACUGUCGACGCAGAGGAUUUUGUGACAUGGGUACGGGAGCGAGUGCGUCUAAUUGAUUCUGAAGCCGGUCUAGCGGAGCACUGUAUUAGCUUGCUGAAUACUUCUAUUCAACGUGGAUAUGAGACAGUUCUGCCGGGGUUAUUGUUCUUGCGUUUACAAGUCCAUAUGAAAAGUAAGGAUUUUCAGCUUCCUGAGGAAGAUAUAGUGCGGAAGUUGCCUGAGAUUCUAUCACUACUGAAAUGGAAGACUCGAGAUUCUUCUACGUCUGCUGACGAUCUGAGGAAAACUGUGCUGUCGUUCCUUUUGGCCACGAGUCAGCAUAAUGUCGAAGUUUUGCAAGCAAUUCGAAACCAUGUUUUCUUGCUGGUGAUUCAAUGCCUCUGUUGUUUGGAACUGACUGGUGACGCCCUCAUGCGCGCAGUUGUUUCUGUUGGAGCUUGUCCGGAUUUGGCAUGUUCAUUGAGCACUCUUCACUCACGAGGAGUGAAGCCGACAUUCAAACAACUAUGGGAGAGCACAAGUGAUGCUGAUGGUGCACGGCGACUCCUAAUUCGGAUGGCGCGAUGUGGUCAAGCUGCAUCUGUUGCCGAGUGGGAGGCGCUCCGGGAUGAGGUUCUUGAUCUUACUUUGAGGUAUUUAGGGAUUACUUAUGGCGGGCUUAUCAGUCCGGACGAAGCCCUCAGCAUCGUCACUCGUGAAGUGCUGUCAGACACUCGAAUUUCUCACGAUAGGAACGUUCUUAAGCUGUUCCUAACUCUUGACGAGAACGAAAAUAGCGGGGACGUAAACAGAAGGCUAAACAUCGAGAGGAGUGCGGAGGUUCUUAUUGCAAAGAGUGAAGAGUUGUUACAAGAAGCCCAAUCUCCCAGUGAUACUGUUCUGAGACAGUCGCGAAGUAUGGCAGAGGCUGCUAAGACUAUCGCACCGAUCAGAGCGAAAAAGCAACUGAAAUUUCUCGACGCUGUCAAUCUUGCUCACGAACUCGGCUCUACCGCCUUACCAGUUGCUAUCAAAUUUGCGGAACCACAUGUUUUCCUGGAGGAGGUUGUUAAGCUAGACGGGAAUUAUAAGCAAGGUAGAAAAUGUGCAGAACUGGCUCUUCUUCUUGGUGUGGAAACUCCGGUAGCAACAGCUCUGUCAUUAUGCGCACUGUCGGCGCUCGUCGCAAAUGAUGAGCGAUAUCUAGGCAAAUAUAUCCAUGAAGUCAUGACGAAGGGGCAUGAUUUGCCAGUGGUUCAUGAGCUGUGUAUUCGUAUCAUGGAAUCACCAUUCGUACCUGCGGUAUGUUCCAGUGGAGAUGCAGCUAUAUCUUUAAGUUAUCGUCUGAAGUCGAUGAGACGUCCUUCCAGAUUUUGCGCGAAUGCUCUGACUUUUCUACCAUGGCGGUUUGUUUGCGCGUUUGCUUUUCUUAAUGUCCUUGUUUUUCCUCGAGUUGUUCCGACUUCGAUUUUUCUUUUUUCUUCUUUGCAGGUGGCAACACUAUUAACAAACAUUAGUGCUCCAUUGGCGUUAUGUGUAGCGAUGUCUGAGGCGGAGUGUAGGAUGUGGACAAAGAAUGACUUUCUCUUGAAGUACGAGCAGGCACUACGUUUUUUUGAACCACAACUUACGGAACGUCUCGUUGAAUCUGUUUCUCCAUCUGUUCUAAUUUCUCAAGCGACUAUGUCAGAUGAAAACAUUACGAUUCUUGAUAGGCUAUCUCACUAUGGUUGCGAUCGCGAGCGAUUUGUUGAGGAUGUUGAUUACCGAAGAGAGACGAUAAUGGGAUUGGCGAUGACUGAUGACGAUGCCGUGUACGCAGAUGCGAUUCGCUUGGCUGCAGAUUUCAAGCUGGAUGAUUGGUCAAUUCACUUUGCUUCGCUUGAAAAUGCCUUAACAUCACUAUCCAUUCCCGAGGCAAAGGCUUUGCUGAAGUCUCGUCGACAUUUGGCUCGAUUGCGUUCUGAUCCAGAAAGAUUGUACCUCCAACUGCGAUCAUCGGUAGCACCUCUGAUGACUACUAACGAACAAUUUAUCGCAUACUUGACGUUGUUUGCUGAUGGAGAGCCCGAGCGAGCCUCGCUUCCAGCAAUAAAACGAAUUCUAGAGAAGAAACGGGAUGUGAAAGCUUUCCGGUUAUUUACGGAUGCAGACUAUUUAUGCAACGUUAUCAUUUCUAUGCCAGACCGAGCGAUCCUUUCUUUAGAAAAGGAAUUGCGUUAUAUCCCGGUGGAAGCUUGUGAAGCAGCUGCACGAAUUCUUUUCGAUGGAAAUGAUUUGCGACCGGCUGCGAAUCCUGCAGUUAUUUUUGCUUUGCUUAGCAAGGACGAGACUAAUUUUAUUGACCUUGUUGCCACUAAAGACGAACUGAUCUAUCUCGAGAAAGCGGUUUUGAUGCUAGAGGCCACGCCAAAUGUUGACAACAAGCUUGUUAGUAUUGUGAGGGGUUAA